GGUAACACGGGCCUGAAGCUCAGUUGCGUGGGCUUUGGCGCCUCUCCUCUCGGCAAUGUUUUCGGAAUCAUCUCUGAAUCCGACGCCAUCGCCACCGUCCGCCGAGCUUUCAGCCUCGGAGUCAACUUCUUCGACACAUCCCCGUAACUCAUUCUUCUACCCAGUGCAAUUUUCUUUCUUUCUAUGCUUGGACGUAGUGUUGUACCUUAACCUUCGGUAUGUUUCCCGUUUUGAAUCUCAUUUCAAAAGCGAAUUGGUUUGAUAAUUUAAGUGGUUCUCGUUCGGUUUUCUAUCUUUCUUGGGGGCGGGGACUCAUUGACUGUGAUGUACUAUGGUGGGACAUUAUCAGAGAAGAUGCUGGGGAAAGCACUGAAAGCUUUGGAAGUGCCCAGAAAUGAAUACAUUGUUUCGACUAAGUGUGGAAGGUAUAAAGAGGGUUUUGAUUUUAGUGCUGAAAGAGUGACAAGGAGCAUUGAUGAGAGUCUGGAAAGAUUGCAGCUUGAUUAUGUGGAUAUCCUGCAUUGUCAUGAUAUAGAGUUCGGCUCCCUUGACCAGAUUGUGACUGAGACAAUCCCUGCACUUGUUAAAUUAAAGGAAGCAGGAAAGGUCAAAUUCAUUGGCAUAACAGGACUUCCAUUGGGAAUUUUCUCUUAUGUUCUAGAUAGAGUGCCACCAGGAACAGUUGACGUAAUCCUGUCAUAUUGUCACUACGGUAUCAAUGAUAAUACCUUGGAGGAUUUACUGCCUUACUUGAAGAGCAAGGGCGUUGGUAUAAUCAGUGCUUCUCCACUGGCGAUGGGUCUUCUUACAGAAAGUGGCCCCCCUGAGUGGCAUCCUGCUCCCCCUGAACUCAAGGCUGCAUGCAAAGCUGCUGCUUCUUACUGCAAAGAGAAAGGAAAAAACAUAUCAAAGUUAGCCAUGCAGUACAGCUUAUCAAACAAAGAAAUUUCUACUGUCUUGGUUGGGAUGAACUCUGUCAAACAGGUUGAUGAAAACAUAGCAGCUGCACAGGAGCUAGCGACAGUUGGGAAGGACGAGAAAACUCUAACAGAGGUAGAGAGCAUUCUGAAACCUGUGAAGAAUCAGACAUGGCCCAGUGGUAUUCAACAGAGUUGAUAAUGCUAUCGACCUUUUAAACUACUGGAACAUCUAUAUUUCUCCUUCGUGGAUUGCCAAAACAUGUAGCACUGCCAUGCCCCUUCGUUUUGUUUUCGUGUUUUGUUUCUCUCAGUGGGUUGUAGCCUCCACACAAGCCCGUUGUUCUUUAAACUCAUUCAUCAAGGUGAAAAAGGGGCAAUUAUAUGAUCAAGAUACCCUUGGAUUUGUAUCCAAAGAAAAAGAACAGAAAAAGAAAAAAUUGAAUAUAGUUGUAUCUAUCUUGUAAUAGGGCCUUCUCUUUGAGGGACGGUUUGUUAAAUAAAAUAUAAACUCUGUUCAUUCA